AUGGAGAUUCUUCGACAACGGUUAUUAGAUAGCACAACCAAACAAUCUGAUUUAAUCGAAAUAUUUGCAGCAAUUGAUCGAGAUUGCUCCGGCCGAAUAACAUAUGAAGAGUUUCAUGCUGCGAUGAAAUUAUUGAAAUUAGAUUUCAAUAACGAUGACGAGAUCAAACAACUCUUUCGACAAUUUGAUACAACAAACAAUGGACAAAUCGAUCUCGCUGAAUUCCUCCAACAGAUCAAACCACCAAUGAACGAACGACGUCACCGAGCGGCUCUCCAUAUCUUUAACUCAAUGGACAUCAACAAAGAUGGGAGAUUAACUAUCGAAGAUAUCAAACUGAAAUACGCGGCACAACUGAAAGCAGUCAAAAAUAGAUCAAGCCAGAAUAUUGAUUAUACUUUGAAGAAAUUUCUCAACAAAUUCGAUACACGCGGUCAAGAAGAUGGUAUCGUCGAUCAAGACGAGUUUCUCGGCUUCUGUGUUAUGCUUAGUGCGACGAUUAAAGAAGAUAUUUAUUUCGAACAUGCACUACGAACAUUAUUUGAUUUUCGUUUUUGA